GCAUCUGGGGCAUUUGGUUCAUCACCCGGCGCCGCCGCUUUUCAACUGCCAUGCUGGUCUGUGGAACUUCCGAAAGGCGUGGUCACAAGAAAAGAAGGACUGGUGUUGCGACCGGGAGCAUCUGGGUUGCGAAUCCGAGCCUGAUGUGGUGAUCCUUCCGGCAACUAACAAGCCGGUCGCAAAGUGCCAAGGCUUUGAGACGCAGAAAGAGUCCUGCCACAACACGCCCUGUGAGGAGACGUGUGAUCCCGUGCAUUGCGAGUUCAGCGACUGGUCGUCGUGGGAGAACCUCGGCGGAUGCUUCGGCCUCUGCCAGCGGGAGAGGCGAAUAGUGCAGGCCAAUAACAUCUGUGGAAGGCCCUGCAGCGGACCCAAAGUGGUCACGAAAGCCGGUGGGCAUCUUUGCGUGCCCGAUGAUAGGUGUAGCAUGCUGGGGAACGUCGACUGCCAGUGGACA